GUUGACCUGGUGCUCGACAAGGGAGAAGAAGUGUGCAUGAGAUUCAUUGAAGCCGUGCUGGUGCCGCUGAGAUCCGAGAUCCCUCCCUUGGUUCAGUGGAUAUCACAACAUGAGCAGCAGCUCUACGUGAUGGGUGUCGAUCUGAGCAGAUCUGCGGGUAAAGCCAUCCCUGGAGCAGCUUCUCAUAGCCCUGGUGAUGAUUACCGAGAAUUCUUGCUGAAGCUGACAUCAUUAACACGAGACUACAACGCACGACCUGGAGAACCUGCAGUGUUUUUGCGAGAGAGGAUGGUGAAGCCAAUUCUGGUUCCCUACUACCACCAGCAAGAAACCAAGGAGCACGAGUUACUAUCGAGAGGCAAGCAGCACGAGAUAAUGAUGGAGAGAGCACAGAGAGAAGGGAUGACUUACAAUAAUCUCUUUGAUCCCGUUGAAUCCAUUGGGGAACAAAACCACCCCCGACUGGUUAUUGUAGUGGGGACUCCAGGCAGCGGUAAAACCAUGUUGAGCAAAUUCAUUGUGCACAGCUUGCUGUCAGGAGAGAAAGUGUUUGCACAACGCUUUGAGCACAUUGUGCUCAUGAUGUUCAGGGAGAUAAAUGAUGUUGGAGAGAUGUCACUGGCAGAGCUGUUUUCUAAGCUGCACUCAUGUUUGGGAAACAAAGCGAAUGAGAUUUUCACAAACCAAGAGAGAACCCUUUUUGUUAUGGAUGGAUUGGACGAGUUUGGAAAGUGCCUUCACUAUGCCAAUGCUUGUACUGAUCCACGUAAGACGGCAACAGUAGAAACCAUAAUUGCUGCCCUAGUGAAUGGAAAACUCUUGCCCAAGGCCUCGGUCUUGAUAACGACCAGACCCAUUGCCAUGGAGCAGCUGAGUGAAGUGAAUGUUGAUCUAGCUGUUGAAAUCACUGGGUUUUCCAACGAAGCUAAAGUAGCAUUCUUUAACAAAUUUUACCAAGAUAGGAGUCUAGUAGAAAGGGCACUCAAGCUCCUGCAGGAAAAUGAAACAGUGAAUACAUUGUGCCAUAACCCUUCAUUCUGCCAUAUAGCAGCCAUUACACUGAAGGAACAUUUUCAAAAGUCUGAACAUUCUGAGAUUAUCCUCAAAUCAAUGACCGACCUCUUCACACAAUACGUGUUUGGGCUCAUAGUACACCAUAGACGUGGCAGCCGCAGAGCCAAGGAAAUUGUAUCACCGCUUGCCAAUAUGGCUCUGAAGGGGGUUCAGCAAAACAUCCAGAUGUUCAGCCAAAAAGAUCUAGAAGAGUGUGCUGUUAGUUCUUCUGAACUAGGAAGUACAUUCAUCAACAAAGUGUUCACAUGUGAGGGCAUUAAACAAGGGAGUUGUUAUUCUUUUUUACACUUGACAAUGCAGGAAUUCUUUGCAGCAAUAGCCGUGCAUCUGUCACAUUCAACAUGGCCAGUGAGUGACGUCAUCAAAUCUAUUGAGGAUAGCAAAGAUGGGAGGUUGGAUGUGUUUCAGAGGUUUUUUUGUGGACUAGCAUCAAGCACUCCAUGGAAGUUCUUUGAGGGUAUCUUGGAUCCUCCAUCUGCAGAUUCUCAAAAGGAAAUAAUCGAGUGGCUCUAUCGCAGCAUGAAGACUCAGAAGGUUGACAAACACAGGUUCAUCAGUCUCCUGCACUGCGUGCACGAGCUGCACGACUGCAUAUACUUGAGUGAUGUGACUCGGUCCAUGACUGAGAUAGACCUGUCAGGCACAAGGCUGUCCCUGCCAGACUGCGCUGCCCUCUCCUGGAUCCUGCAGCAUCGAGAAGAGCCUGUGCAGACACUCAACCUGUUCGGCUGUGGCAUUGGCACCGAGGAAAUGAAGAUACUCCAGCCUGGACUGCACAGAUGUAAAGAGCUAAUGUAAGACUGGCACACCUCGCAUUCGCUACUUCACAAAUUGUGCGUGCAACUCGUCUUCAAAUAAGUACCAGGUGCAGUGUGUAAAAUAUUGCUACUUGUGAGACAAUGGCCGCCAGGCGUGAUGCUGGUCACCCACCCCAUCAUAUACCAUACCGGCCUUCAUAGGUGCUCUCUAACAGCACUUGCCCCAGCAGCUUGUAAAGACUUUUUGGCGGAUUUUUGCCUGUAAGAAUCCUCACUUAGUAACUGUGCACAGAGUCAAAUGCAACCCCAUUCAGUCACUACACUACUCUUUGGUUCUUUCGGUAAAGUCACGUAAUUAGAAAUAAAUUAAAAUAAAACAAAUCACGACGUUUCUAUUGCAACACAAGCAAUUA